AGUCAUUAAUAGUAAGUAUAUGAUUGCUUGACAUUGGUCAACCGUGGAGUAAACGUGAAGGCCUUAAACACUAUCACAGAGUAACUUGUAUCGAUAGAACACCGAUUGAACGCUUCUCAGAGAAAUUGGAUUACAAUUUCAUUGUGUGUUUUCCUUUCAACAUGAUGAAAGUCUGGGUCAAGUCCAUUCUUCUGGUCAUCACGCUGUCGGUGUAUAUUGCGUUGGGCUCGUUAGCGUUCGUACUCAUCGAGAGAGACUCCUCCGUCGCGGGACAGCGCGUAUUACGCGCGCAAGUGAAGCGUUUCAUAGCCAAUCACAGCGAGUGUGUGGAUGCUGAGGCCAUGAGGUCGCUGUGGCAGGAUAUUCAGACCGUCUGGUCACGAAGUGUUCUCCAUUUGCCCGUCAAAGCUGGCGGCCCAUGGAGGGACACUUGGAGAAUUCAGAACGCCUAUGUCUUCUGCUAUACCGUGGUGACUACAAUGGGUUUUGGCUGGAUCACUCCCUCGACUCUCUGGGGUCGGAUCUUUUGCGUGGUCUUCGCCAUCCCCGGAAUAGCACUCAACGGCUACAUGCUGUCUGUCAUCGGAAGCACCUGCCAAGUGGUCUGGAUCAAGUGCUUCAAUCUCUUCGUCAGGGGGACCUCAUCAGUCAAAUCACAACGAGUACGGAACAUCCUUGGUGUGUUGGUCACGUUUAUGAUCCUCUGGGUUGUCUUGAUCAUGAUCCCGGCUGCCAUCUUUGUUCCUCUGGAGAACUGGUCUCUUCUGACGGCGCAGUACUUCAACUUCGUCGCUCUGAGUACCGUCGGGUUCGGGGACAUAGCACCCUCACACGCCGCUCUACCACCCCAGUACCGCACCGAAACAGGGGAAUACCUGUACAGGGUGGGGGUUAUGCUGUACUUUUUAAUCAGCAUGGCCGUGUUCUCCACCGUGUUCACCGGUGUGUGGCGCUACCACAAGCAGCGCAUGUUCAAGGCGGUCGGCAGCGGCAGCAGCCGGCUGAUGAUGAUGAUACGGGGACAGAGCAGGCUGAGCCGGGAAGGGGUUGGACACCAUAACGAGGCUGUCGAACUCGAAGACGAGGCUGUGGAACUGGAAGACCAGGCUGGGGAAUGCGAAGACGAGGCUGUCAAAAUUGAAAGCGUGUCUGUGGAACUGGAAGACGAGGCUGUAGCAUGUGAAGUCGAGGUUGUGGAACGCAAAGACGAGGCUGUCGAACUCGAAGACGAGGCUGUGGAACUGGAAAACCAGGCUGGGGAACGCGAAGACGAGGCUGUCAAAAUUGAAGGCGUGGCUGUGGAACUGGAAGACAUGGCUGUGGAAUGUGAAGUCGAGGUUGUGGAACGCAAAGACGAGGCUGUGGAACGCAAAGACCAGGCUGGGGAACGCAAAGGUGAGGCUGUGGAACUGGACGACCAGGCUGGGGAACGUGAAGUCGAGGUUUUUGAACGCAAAGACGAGGUUGUGGAACUGGAAGACCAGGCUGUGGAACUGGAAGACGAGGCUGUGGAACGCAAAGACCAGGCUGGGGAACGCAAAGACGAGGCUGUGGAACGCAAAGACCAGGCUGGGGAACGUGAAGUCGAGGCUGUGGAACUGGAAGACCAGGCUGGGGAACGUGAAGUUGAGGUUGUGGAACGCAAAGACGAGGCUGUGGAACUGGAAGACGAGGCUGUGGAACGCAAAGACCAGGCUGGGGAACGCAAAGGUGAGGCUGUGGAACUGGACGACCAGGCUGGGGAACAUGAAGUCGAGGUUGUGGAACGCAAAGACGAGGCUGUGGAACUGGAAGACCAGGCUAAGGAACGUGAAGUCGAGGUUGUGGAACGCAAAGAUGAGGCUGUGGAACUGGAAGACCAGGCUGGGAAACGUAAAGAUGAGGCUGUGGAACACAAAGACGAGGCUGUCGAACUCGAACACGAGGCUGUGGAACUGGAAGACUAGGCUGGGGAACGCGAAGGCGAGGCUGUCGAACUAGAAGGCGAGGCUGUCGAACUGGAAGACCAGGCUGGGAACGUGAAGACGAGUCCGUGCAACUCGAAUACGCGGUUGUGCAUCUCGACGAGAUCGUGGAUGUGACGGGAAAGUAAUUUUUUCUUACAAUUACUCUGGACUUAUAUUAACACUGAUGAAUAUAUAUACAGUGUUUAAGAAACCACGUUAGUGAAGGACAAAACCCAAUACAUGUAUUGAAUCACGGCUCCUAGACACCUGGAUAAACGACUGUUCUGAGCUCUAAAACAAAAUGCACUGAGCGGACUUGUCUAGACGCGUGAUAACGGGCAUUAAUAUCCGUUGGCUAAGCGCUUGUAAUCGCGAAUUUUCCAGGUGUGCCACUGUGUUUGGUUUUCGCAUGACAUCUA